AUGAAUCCAAACGAUUCUGUUCUUAUCGUCGGGGCCGGAAUCUUCGGUCUCAGCACUGCGUUGCAUCUAGCUCGCCGUGGUUAUUCCGUCACUGUUUUCGACAGACAACCUUACGAUGAAUCGAAAUACUCAUAUUUCAAGGGUGCCGAUGCUGCGUCAGCUGAUAUUAACAAGAUCGUUCGCUCGGCAUAUGGUACCCAGACUGAAUACCAAGAACUCUCUGUCGAGGCUAUCAAGGCCUGGCACGAGUGGAAUGAAGAGCUUGCCAGCGGUAAGACUGUACCUCCGGAAAUGAGCAGUGAAGAUCGCGUAUUCGUGCCAAAUGGAUGUUUCUCUAUGGUCUCGAGCAAGGAACUGCCACCAUGGGAGGUGGCUUGCAUUGAGGGAAUGGAAAAAGCCGGGCAUCAUGACACACAGUUAGCAACCACAAAUCCACGACAUCGUGAAAUCGCCACCAGCCGUGGCUUAUCUGCAUAUAUGGAUCCCUUUCAGCAGGAGAAUAAAGGACGGCCACUAGUGGGAGUUCUAGACACAACGGGAGGGAUGGCACUCGCCGACAAGGCGUGUCGAUUUGCUCUCCAUAAAGCACGCUCCUUGGGUGCACGUUUCAUCUUCGGGGAUUCAGAAGGCCGUCUGGAAUCACUCUGCUACGAAGGAAGCAAAGUCACCGGCAUUCGCACACGCGAUGGUCAAAUACAUCACGCAUCUAUGACCAUUCUUGCCUGCGCAACUGCCGGCAGUGUGAUGAUUAUGAAAAUUCCACGUCAAUCAACAUUAUGGAAUCGUCUAUCUCCCCAGAACUUCCCUACAUUCAUGUUCAAUAUGCGUGCUGCUGGCUAUGGAGGUCUAUACGGGUUUCCAAGAACGGAAGAGGGAUAUUUCAAGAUUGGAUACCGUGGAACCAAAUUUACCAACCCAGUACGACACGAAGAUGGGAUAGAACGCAGCACCCCUGUGACAAGAUGGUCAUCUGCCGAGCGCAAUGGAUUAAUUCCAAUUGGAGAACCAUUUACCGAUUUUUCUCAAGCGGCAUACCAUGUCAUUCAGGCCUUCCUUACUGAAUAUCUACCAGAGUUACACCAGGAAGGCAUUCCUAUUUCCAAAACACGUCUCUGUUGGUACACCGAUACUUUCGACAAUCAUUUUGUUGUUGAUCGUGUUCCUGGAAAAGAGGGCUUGAUGGUUGCCACUGGAGGCAGUGGCCAUGCAUUCAAGUUUCUCCCGAAUAUUGGUAAUUUGGUCGUGGAUAUCAUGGAGAAUGUGAACGUAGAUCGUACAGCCGUGAAGGCUUGGAAAUGGAGAACAUUGGGAGAACAGAAGCCGGUCAAUGAGCUCAUGCGAGGCUCUGAAUCGCCGAACGUUCUAAGAGAUCUGCCGCUGUACAAGGAUUCGGACUUGCACAGCCUGGUUUAUUCGCCAAACAACGCGAAACCGGCGAAGAUAUGA